GUCGUGGCUGCAUCCCUUCACAGAUCUCUCUCUCUCUCUCUCUCGCUCUCUCUCUGACAUACUUCAUCUUCUUCACCAAUUCCUCUUGGCCUCAAUCUCUCCCUGCCCCCUCCAUAACCGCUCCUCAACCCCCCAAGCCAACCUUCGUUCCACAAAUGGAAACUUCUCACACUCUCAUCACUCUUCUCCUCCUGAUCUCCUGCCACUCCUCCUCUUACUCCGCCGCGGCCGCCACCGAUAACUCCUCCCCCGACAAGUACCAUGUCGACUGCACAAUGUGCUCUGGCUGCAACAAUCCCUGCGGCCAAAUCUACUCUCCUCCGCCCUCCCCGCCGCAGAGCUCCGGUGGUGGAUCCUACUACUACCCUCCGCCCUCCCCGCCGCAGAGCUCCGGUGGCGGAUCCUACUACUACCCUCCGCCCCAGCAGCAGCAGCAGCGGCCGCCACCCCAGUACCAGCCCACUUACUACUACCCCCCGCCACCCCCCAAGUACAGCAGCUACUUCCCCGGCCCGCCGCCGCCCAAUCCCAUCGUCCCCUACUUCCCCUUCUUCUACCACAGCCCCCCGCCGCCCGCUUCCGGGUCAGGCCCCGUUCGCCCUCCGAGCUCGGUCCUGGCCGCCAUUGCGGGGCCCCUGCUCGUCCUCCUCCUCUGCUUCCUCUGACUACGUACCAAGCUACUGCUCAAGAAGCCGCCGUCGGGAGCAGCGAAUUCACGGAAGUGGCCCCGGCCCCGCCUGGCUGUAUGGUGCGAUGUGACGCCAUUAAAAUAAAAGGGCGCGGAGGGCAUCCCUACUUGCAAGACUGCCAUUAAUGGAAGCUUUCAAUUCUGCUGAUCUCCCUAAUCGAUUUAAUGUGUAUCUACCAAUCAUCUUGUGUUUUUUCUUUUUUAGCCUUGUAAUGUAAUCAAUUUUCCUGUUAGCCUACCAAAAAAAUGAUGUAAUAAUUUUAGGAAAAAUAAAAUAGGAGCGUUUUUUUGGUUUCA